AUGCGCCAAAAGGAACGAGGCAUCGUGAUUAUAUGGAUAGGAAACUCCGCUGCCUGCUCCACUCGCGGGUGGCCAAAUGAAGUUCGAGUUAAGAAAAACCCCGGAGACCGCAGGAAUUGCGCACACUUGCUGAGAAAGCGCGCGGGCUGGGCCAGGAAACGAUCACAGAAAACGUGUGCAGCUUCAGUAGGAUCAGGGGAUUAUGGAAGUGUGAGGGAGAAAGAUAAAAUUCGUGAAGAGAUGUCGACAGAGGGCAAGGAAAAGAAAGUUGGAGAGAAAAGGUGA